AUGUUUAAAAAAAUUAUAAAGACACAUCAGAACUACAACAGAAAAUGUAUACAGAACUAUAUUAUUGGUUAUCAAUACAGACAAAUUUCCAAAUCCAUUUUUCAAUUUAAUAGGUUUUCAGAUUUAGUGACAAAAGUUCGUGAAUCAUAUCCGAUAUCAGAGAUAACACCAAAGGAACUUCACGAUAUGAUUUCUAAAGCACCUAAACCAAUAAUUCUUGAUGUACGUGAGAAAGAUGAACGAUCAAAUGGAAUUAUACCAACAGCAAUUCCAUUAUCACGAGGAGUACUAGAGAGAGAUGUUGAAAGAAAAGUUAUUAGCAUGGAUGAAGUUAAU